AUGGCCGACGAGGCGAAGGCCAAAGGUAAUGCGGCCUUCUCGGCAGGCCGCUUCGAGGAGGCGGCGGGGCACUUCUCCGACGCCAUCGCGCUCGCCCCCGCCAACCACGUUCUCUACUCCAACCGCUCGGCGGCGCUCGCCUCGAUCCACCGCUACUCCGACGCGCUCGCCGACGCCGAGAAGACCGUCGAGCUCAAGCCCGACUGGGCCAAGGGCUACUCGCGCCUCGGCGCCGCCCACCUCGGCCUCGGCGACGCCGCCAGCGCCGCCGCCGCCUACGAGAAGGGCCUCGCCCUCGAUCCCAGCAACGAGGGCCUCAAGGCCGGCCUCGCUGACGCCAAGAAGGCUGCCGGCGCCCCGCCGCGCCGCGCGCCGUCUGGCGGCGCCGACGCCAUCGGCCAGAUGUUCCAGGGCCCCGAGCUCUGGACCAAGAUCGCCUCCGACCCCGCUACGCGCGCCUAUCUCGACCAGCCCGACUUCAUGCAGAUGCUGCGGGAGGUGCAGCGGAAUCCCAGCAGCCUCAACACGUACCUGUCCGACCCGCGCAUGAUGCAGGUGCUCAGCCUCAUGCUUAACAUCAAGAUCCAGACGCCCCAGGACUCCGAUUUUUCGCAGUCUUCCUCGCCGUCGCAGCCGCCACCGCAGCAGCAGAAGCAACAGCCUGAGACAAAGGCGAGGGAGAUGGAGCCUGAGCCACAACCGGAGCCGAUGGAGGUGUCUGAUGAGGAGAAGGAGCGGAAGGAGAGGAAAGCUGCUGCUCUGAAGGAGAAGGAGGCAGGGAAUGCAUCCUACAAGAAGAAGGACUUUGAGACGGCGAUCCAGCAUUACACAAAGGCCUUGGAACUUGAUGACGAGGACAUCUCCUACCUCACUAACCGAGCAGCGGUGUACAUCGAAAUGGGCAAGUACGAUGAGUGCAUUGAGGACUGUGAUAAGGCUGUGGAGAGGGGAAGAGAACUUCGUGCUGAUUUCAAGAUGGUUGCAAGGGCACUAACAAGAAAAGGAACUGCUCUGGCCAAACUUGCUAAGAACUCGAAGGACUAUGAUAUUGCCAUUGAGACUUUCCAGAAGGCUCUAACUGAGCAUCGGAAUCCAGACACUCUUAAAAGGUUAAAUGAGGCUGAGAAGGCAAAGAAAGACUUAGAGCAACAAGAGUAUUAUGACCCAAAGUUAGCUGAUGAGGAGAGGGAGAAAGGUAAUGAGACGUUCAAGCAGCAGAAGUAUCCAGAAGCAAUAAAGCAUUACAAUGAGGCUAUCAGGAGGAACCCGAAGGAUGCUAGGGUGUACAGUAAUAGGGCUGCAUGUUACACCAAGUUGGGAGCCAUGCCUGAAGGUCUUAAAGACGCAGAGAAGUGUAUUGAGCUAGACCCAACCUUCACCAAAGGGUAUACAAGAAAAGGUGCAGUUCAGUUUUUCAUGAAGGAAUACGAAAAGGCAAUGGAAACUUACCAGGCUGGGUUGAAACUUGACCCAAAUAACCAGGAACUGCUUGAUGGUAUAAGGAGGUGUGUUGAGCAGAUCAACAAGGCUAACAGGGGUGACAUAAGUCAGGAGGAUUUGCAGGAGAAACAGAGUAAAGCUAUGCAGGACCCAGAAAUCCAGAACAUCCUUACCGAUCCCAUCAUGCGACAGGUGUUGAUGGAUUUCCAGGAGAACCCUAGGGCUGCUCAGGAUCAUCUGAAGGACCCUGGAGUAGCACAGAAGAUCCAAAAGCUCAUAAACGCUGGAAUAGUCCAAACGAGAUGA